CAAAUAUGUUUUUCAAAACACACAGCUGUUAAAUAUUACUUAGUUCAUAAAUAAAUAUUUUCAAAAUUCGCGCCAUAUAUUUCUCCCACAAUGCAACAGAUGGUCAUCUAAUGAACGGAAGUCAAGAAAGCAUUUCUUAUUAUUAGAAAGUUUUCGAUAUUUUUCUAGAGUUUGUAUUACUUUUGAUUGUAAACUAAUCUGAGCUGGCAUUACUACAUCGAGUAACAAGGGCAUUGUUGACUGUUACAUCUGUAACAGUGCCUAAAGUUCCAACACUCUUUCACCAUAAGGCAACGUUAUAUUCAAAAGCACCAAUGAAAUACGUACUAAUUACUGGGGGAGUGAUCAGUGGUAUCGGAAAAGGUGUUGUUGCGAGCAGUAUCGGCACUUUAUUGAAAUCAUGUGGAACUAGGGUGACAUCUAUAAAAAUUGACCCAUACAUUAAUAUUGAUGCAGGGACUUUCUCUCCUUAUGAACAUGGUGAAGUUUUUGUUUUGGAUGAUGGAGGUGAGGUUGACUUGGAUUUGGGGAAUUAUGAACGAUUCUUAGACGUUACUUUACACAAGGAUAACAAUAUAACUACAGGCAAGAUAUACCAGAGUGUCAUAAACAAAGAACGUGCUGGAGAUUACCUCGGAAAAACUGUUCAAGUCGUACCACAUAUAACAGAUGCCAUUCAAGGUUGGGUGGAAAGAGUGGCCAGAGUCCCAGUAGAUGGCGAUGAACAGGAACCAGAUGUCUGCAUUAUAGAGCUUGGAGGAACUAUAGGUGACAUAGAAGGCAUGCCAUUUGUUGAAGCAUUCCGUCAGUUCCAGUUCAGAGCAGGGAAGCACAAUUUCUGUAAUGUCCAUGUCAGCUUAGUCCCACAGAUAGGACACAAUCCAUCCUUGCCACACACCACUGGUGAACAGAAAACGAAGCCAACCCAGGCUAGUAUACGAGAGCUAAGAGGUUUAGGACUCGUACCAGAUUUAAUUGUCUGUAGGAGUGUUUCACCUCUAACUAAAGCUGUCAAGGAAAAAAUCUCAAUGUUCUGUCACGUGGAAUCUGAACGAGUCUUAUCUGUGAAUGAUGUUACUUCAAUAUAUCGUGUACCCCUGUUGUUAAAUGAUAACAACGUCAUCAACUUAUUAGCUGAGAUUUUAAAACUACCUAUAGAGACCCCCAGAAGAAAUCGGAAUCUUGUAAAGUGGAAGGAUUUAGCUGAUAGAUAUGACCGCCUGUUGAAAGAAGUAACAAUUGCUCUAGUAGGAAAAUACACCCAACUGGAGGAUUCUUACGCAUCAGUGAUUAAAGCCCUCAGACAUUCCGCUCUGGAUUGCAACCACAAACUUAACUUAAAGUAUGUUGACUCAGAAGAUUUAGAACUCUCAACACAACAUGAUGACCCAGUGCGCUACCAUGAAGCCUGGAGUCAACUUUGUAGCAGCAAUGGGGUGCUGGUACCUGGAGGUUUUGGGUUGAGGGGUGUUGAAGGCAAGAUCUUAGCCUGUCAAUGGGCCAGAAAAACCAAGAAGCCAUUUUUAGGAAUCUGCCUGGGUUUACAGUGUGCUGUUAUAGAAUUCUCACGGAAUGUUCUAGGCUGGAAAGAUGCACAUUCAACAGAGUUUAAUAGCAGCACCACUAAGCCUGUAGUAAUAGAGAUGCCAGAGCACAACCCAGGACAAAUGGGGGGCACCAUGCGCUUGGGAAAGAGACGCACAGUAUUCCAAACAGAAAACUCUAUACUAAGAAAACUUUACCAGAAUCCCAAGUACGUUGAAGAGCGCCACAGGCAUAGGUACGAGGUAAACUACGACCUUGUACCUCAGUUUGAGGAGAAAGGGAUGAAGUUUGUCGGCCAUGAUGUUGAUGGCAAAAGAAUGGAAAUUAUGGAGCUCGAAGAUCACCCAUACUAUGUAGCUGUACAAUACCACCCAGAAUAUCUCUCUCGCCCAAUGAAACCAUCCCCACCAUAUUUGGGCCUACUUCUAGCAGCGUCCGGGAAAAUGCAAAACUAUCUUGCUAGGGGAUGUCGUAAUUCGCCAAAAUUUUCCACAGACUCUGAUGUUUCAACUUCCGAUGAGGAAAUCGUUGAUUUUGCGAGUGCAAAAGAAGGAGCUACGAGUGGUUUAUAAGAAAUUGGAACAGUUGAAUCAACUAGAAAACUAUGAAGACAUUUUAAGGCUUAGAGAAGAAGAUCAUUGACUCUGAUUGCCAGAAAUAUAGCUUAUUUAAAUUUCGCCUGACUGACAGUUCUAAAUUAUGAAAACACGAUGGUGAAAUGAAAUGAUCAUAGGUUAUUUCUCCCUAUUUGUGGCAUGAAUUGAGUGUUGAUAUUUAUCUGGACAUAAAGUUAACCAUUUAUUGUCUUGAUGUGAAUUAAAUUAAAAUAGACAAAAUAACACCCACAAACCACUUAUAUGAAUACAUUUAAAUAGUUUUAAAAACAACAAUGGAAAUUAUUAUUCCAUUUCUUUUUAACAUUAUCAGUAGGACUAUUAUUCAUUAAAUGAAUGACCAAUCCAUAAAUUAACUUACACUUGUAUUAUGUAUGAGAUGAAUAUAAUCAAUUGUGUUAAAAAAUUGUACAGGAAAUUAUCAUACUAUUUCAUUGAUAACCAACCAGGAAAUUUGUUAUCAAUUAAGAUAUUAAUUAUAAAAAGCACAGCACACCUACAACUGUAUAAUCACUAUUAAUUAAUAAUGAUAAUAAUCUGAAGUGAAGAUGAAUUAUAACAAUACCUAUAAAUAAUUCGGAAGUGUUACAAUUAAAUGCAAUUAAAGAUAAUAAUGAGAUAUUUAUGGGAGAUGAUGGUAAUCUCAACAAAAGAACAUACAUUUUUAUUUAACACCACCCGGUAUUAUAAUUAUUACAA